AAGACCGAAGUUGAUAUCCAGUGCAAUAACACGCGUUUAUAAACUGGUAAAGUUAGCUGCGAAUGCACUAUUAUCCUUUUGUGACUGCGCCUUCUAAUUUAAGGGCAUAUGGGGCACCGUUGUUGACUUUUAAAUGCAGGUGGAGGCAAAAUGAACGAGGUGCGGGAGAGAUUGCUGUCCAUCGAGCAGAGGCAUAAACGCUUCAAGCAGCAGCAGUUUACGUUCAUCGCGGCUCUGGAGAGAUCCAGGGAGCACGCUCAUGACAAAACGGAGCCUGUCUCUUCUGUAGCUCAGGUGCGGAAGUACAUGAUCCACCAUUGCAGCAAUGCCACAGACAGGCGGAUCUUCUCUCUCUUUCUGGACAUAAUGGCUGAUCUUGAGGCGGUGUUCAAACUUGUGGAGUCCAUGUUAUCUGCCCAAAGCCAUUCGAGUGAAGCUCUGGAGACCUGUAAGAAGCUUCUCAGCCCAAACUGCAACAUCAGCCAGCUACGGGCACACUACCCACAUGAUGAGAUCAACCGACUGAGCUGUAAUGAAGCAAGAAACUACUAUGGUGGGGUAGUGAGUGUGAUUCCCUUGGCUCUGGACCUGCUCAAAGUGGCUAGCUUCAAGCACACAAGCACUGCUGACCCAACCCUACCUUCUCCUACUUCAACAGCCACAGAUGGGCUUCCUCAGCACACAGUAGCCAACACUGCACAAAACAUGUUUGCAGAUCAGAGUAAGAAAACCACAUAUACCUCCACACAAUCUGCAACGGCUGUGUCUAAAGGUACAGGUGGAUGGCAUGCAGGGAAACCUGCCUGGAGACCACCAGGCCGCACAAGGAUAUGACUCACCAGCCUUGUUUUCUAUACAUUGACUGACACUGAAAAACACAAUCACUUUUUCCUCAAGUAUUAUACAGUCGCAUGCAAGUUAACACAAACUUAAAUAUGGCAUUUUUUUCUGCCAAGUGUAAUAUGUGAUUUCUGUUUAUUUGCUGAGUUUAACAUUUUAUGUUAUGUAAAAAUAAAAACUUUUGCACAGGCCACAUUUCAUGU